AUGUUAAAGCUUCUCCUUGGACUAGCACUGCUGGAGGCCAGCUCCGGCAGCAGGCUGGGUAAGAUCUUCGGUGGCAUGACCACGUCCAUUAGUGAGCAUUCCUUCCUGGUCAAUCUUCGACGCAGUGGAGGGUUUCGUUGCGGUGGCGCUCUAAUCUCACCCACCUGUGUACUCACUGCCGCCCACUGUCUGGAGCGGCGACACCACCAAUUGCACGACCUCACUAUCCACGCCCAACAGCAGUGUCUGGGCGAUCAGUCGUCUUCGGACCAUAUGCGUCACGCGUGGUACGCUGCAGUUUCGCCAUACUACCGCCCCGAUCAAGGCCUGGACUCUGAUGUGGCUGUGAUCCGAUUAAGGCACUCCUUUGACAUCUCCAGCAAUGCGAGUCUCGUCAAGAUUGACUACAACGAUCUGCCAGAGCGGACCAAUCUCACGGUGAUGGGCUGGGGCAAGAUCGAUAGCCACGGUCACAACUGGAAUCAAUGCCUACAGGCGGCCAAAGUGCAACUCAUCCCGCAGAAGCAGUGCUGCGAAACCGUAGGAUCUCCAAAGCAAUGGGUCACCCAAAACAUGUUCUGUGCUCUGGGCGAGAAUGCCAAGGAUGCCUGCCAGGGGGACUCCGGUGGCCCGGUAAUUAACGAUGAUGGACGCACCGUGGGCAUUGUUUCCUGGGGCUAUGGCUGUGGCAGUGGCUAUCCCGGGGUCUACACCCGUCUCGGCACUCCAUCGAUCACGUACUGGCUGAAGAGCUUCGUGGAGCGACAUUGUUGGUGAAAGGAAACUUUCAAACUAUUUUAUAAAUAAAUA